ACUCAUAACCUCGUCGGUGUCACAUUCUCAUCUCUGCAGGUUAUCCACUCACCUCCCACCAAAAUGGCAGAAACCCGGAUCCGAAUAGGAAUUCUGGGAUGUGCUAACAUAGCCCGCAAGGUAUCAAGGGCGAUGCUCCUCUCCCCUAACACCACCAUCUCCGCCAUCGGCAGCCGCUCUUUAGAAAAGGCAAUUGAUUUCGCAUCGGAAAACCACUUCCCGGAAUCCACCAAGAAGUACGGCAGCUACGAAGCCGUACUGGACGAUCCUGAUGUUGACGCCGUUUACGUUCCCUUACCGACCAGCCUCCAUUUGCGGUGGGCUGUUCUCGCCGCCGAGAAGAAGAAGCACGUUUUGCUGGAGAAGCCGGUGGCACUUGACGUCGGGGAACUGGAUAGGAUACUGGAGGCUUGUGAAUCGAGUGGUGUACAGUUCAUGGAUGCUACCAUGUGGAUGCAUCAUCCACGGACGGCUAAGAUGAAGGAGGUCCUUUCUGAUCCGCACAGAUUUGGACAGCUCAAAUCGGUCCAUAGCACGUUUUCGUACGUAGGAGAAGGUGAUUUCCUACAGAACGAUAUUCGUGUAAACCCAAAUCUCGAUUCACUUGGAGUUCUUGGCGAUGCUGGUUGGUAUAGCAUACGAGCCAUUUUGUGGGCUUAUGAUUAUGAGCUUCCAAAAACUGUUACUGCCAUUGGAGACCCUGAGUACAACGAAUCAGGGGUAAUCCUGUCAUGUGGUGCUUCAUUAAACUGGAAAGAAAAUGGGAAAGUAGCGACUUUUUACUGUUCGUUUUAUACGAAUUUAACCAUGGACAUAACUGUCCUUGGGACUAAAGGAAGCUUACGAGUUCAUGACUUUGUUAUCCCGUUCAAUGAAAACGUGGGUCCUUUCUAUGCGGUGGCAAAUUCAAGGUGGAAAGAGUUGUCACUUGGAUGUGAGCCUGAACCAAGUGAGUUUAAGAUCACAACGGUUCUUCCUCAAGAAGCAUUAAUGGUGCAGGAAUUUGGUCGACUAGUUCAGGGGAUUAACGGUGGUGACGCUAAACCGGAGAAGAAGUGGCCGACGAUUAGUAGAAAGACCCAAGCAGUGAUUGAUGCAGUUGUGGCUUCGAUUAAGAAUGGUUUCAAGCCCGUUGAAGUUGUCUACUAGAAGUCAUUUGUACAUGGCUUUUGUUCUGCUGUCUUCACAGACGACAUAUAUAAAUAAAGACUAUAUUUUGAAAUAAAAA